UGUGUGUGUGUAACACUCCUCCUCCUCUUUCAUAAGCCUCCUCCUCUCCUCUCUUAGCUCAGUCUGUCUGGAACUCUUGACAGAACUUGUCUUCACUGGGACUUCUCUUCAUCAUGACUCGGGUUUCUCCAGCCGCCUUGUGUGUGUGGCUGCUGUUUGUGCUGCAGGCUGUUGCUGUGGUGAAGGCCCACUGGAUUCCCCCACCAAAACCACUGAGGGAAAAUGUAGACUACACCAAAUUGGAAUAUGUUGCCAAGAUUCAUUCCGAUUUUGAUGAUGGGAAUGGGAAUAUUGAAUACUCUCUAGAAGGCAGUGGUGCAAGCAACAGUCCCUACCAUGUGUUUGUAGUCGACCGUAGAAGUGGAAACAUUCGUGUCACCCAAGUUCUUGACAGGGAAUUCAUCGAUUCCUACAAUCUGUCAGGUGUUGCUAGGUACAAGGAUGGCAGCCUUGCAGAGGAAAACGUUGACAUACGAUUCAAGGUUGAAGAUGACAACGACAAAUCUCCAGUGUUUCAAGACAUCCAGACCGGGGCAGUGAAUGAGUGCAGUUCUGUAGGGACUUCAGUUAUGAGAGUAAUUGCCACCGAUGAUGAUGAACCAGGGAAUGUGAACUCUCAGAUCACCUAUUACAUGAUAGAUCAGACACCAGCUCAUGACAUGUUCAAGAUUGACACCGAUGGGACCAUCCGUGUCAAAAAAUCUAGCCUGGACAGAGAGAAAACAGAUAAGUACGUUCUGACGGUGAGAGGUCAAGACUUAAAUGGCCAACCAGAGGGAAACAUAGGAACCGGCACAGUUACCAUUAAUAUCCUGGACGUGAAUGACAACGUCCCCACUCUGGAAAAAACCGAGUAUCAGGGCAGCAUUGAGGAGAACACAAAGGAUGUGGAGGUGAUGAGGGUCAAAACACAGGACCUGGACCUGAAGUACACAGACAACUGGGAAGCUGUGUUUGACAUUGUCCAAGGCAACGAGGCCGGGUACUUCAGCAUCAAAACAGACCCCGUCACCAACGAGGGCGUCCUAAUGCUCGUCAAGGCUGUGAACUAUGAAGAUGUGAAGGACCUUAACUUAGGCAUAAUUGUGAAGAACAAGGCUCCGAUGUUUGAUGGAUCUGCGGGAGGUUCUGCAGCUGGUAUAGGUUUCGGAGGGGGAGGAGGUGGAGGAGGUGGGGCAGGGGGAGGAGGUGGGGCAGGGGGAGGAGGUGGGGCAGGUGGAACAAGUGGGGGAGGUGGGUCUGGAGGAUCAUCAUGGCAAGGUGGGACCACAUUUAAAACCUAUCCAAUCAAAAUCAAUGUGAUGAACCAGCCCGAGGGGCCAGCUUUUGACCCAAAGAUCAAAAAGAUUCCCGUGUCAGAAGGAGGCACCUCCUUCAACAUGAAUGAUGUCAUCGGCCAGUACCAGGCAAUAGAUGGAGACACUGGGAAACCAGCUGAGAAAGUCAGGUAUGCCAAGGGCUUAGACCCUGACAACUGGCUAGUCAUCGACCCUUUGACAGCUGAGAUCAAACUGAACAAGAAGCCUGAUAGAGAAUCUCCACACCUGGUCAAUGGGACAUAUACUGCAGAAAUAGUCUGCAUUACAGAAGACAUGCCUGCUAAAACAGCCACCGGUACAAUAGCCAUCCAGGUGGGAGAUGUUAAUGACAACUGCCCCAUCCUGACCACUAACAUCCACACUAUGUGCACCACGGAUGAUUCUGUCAUUGUGAACGCUGAAGAUAAAGAUUCCUACCCAAACGGACCUCCUUUUGACUUUGUCAUUAUCCCAGAGGGCACUCAGGGCAAAUGGCAGGUGAAUCAAUUAAAUGACACUGCAGCUUCCCUGACUGCCCAGGAGUCCAUGUGGCCUGGAUUCUACGAGGUGAAAUUUGUGGUGAGGGACAAGCAGGGAGAGGCCUGUCCAGACCCACAGAAAGUGACGGUCCAAGUCUGUACCUGUGGGGACGGGAUGGUGUGUGGAAAACGAAGCAUCAGCAAAGGAUCAGAGUUCGGACCUGCAGGCAUCGGACUGCUGUUCCUGGGUCUGCUGGUGUUACUACUACUUCUUCUGUUGCUGCUCUUCUGCCAAUGUGGGGGGGCUGGGGGCUUGCCAGGGGGCUUUACUGAGAUGCCUUUCGACACCAAAUCACACCUCAUUAACUACCGCACUGAGGGCCAGGGAGAGAACACGGAGGUGCCGCUACUGAACAUGCCAACACAAAUGGAUGGAAAUAUGGUCAACGUGAAUAUGGGCAUGACUAACAAUACUUCAGCAAUGCCGCUCAUGGCAGGUCUGGAUUUCCAGAGAUCCGUUACUUCCAUGAAUGAGAUGAAUGGGCCCGGUUGUCAAGGAGGUUUUGCAAGUGGCCCAAGAGAAGGGGCAUGGGGGAUGAUGAACCAGCUGAGCGGCAGUGGCUUCUACUCUGAGUUUGAGGGCAGAGAAUCAGGAGUAGGUGGAGGAAUGUAUGACGGCAUGGCUCUGCCAGACCACUUCCUGGCACAGUACUACACUCAGAAGGUGGCCAGUGGAAAUGACAACCUUGGAGGAAAGGACUGUCUUUUAGUUUAUGACUACGAGGGCCAGGGCUCCCUGGCUGGCUCAGUGGGCUGCUGCAGCCUCCUGGAGUCUGACAACGACUUGCACUUCCUCGAUGACAUCGGGCCAAAGUUCAAGACCCUGGCUGAGGUGUGCGGAGAAAAGAAGAUCCCAACUGAAGUCAAACAAGAAUUCACUCCUCGGCCCAGUGCUUCCGUCAACACUCAGUCCUCAGUAUCAAGUUUGAUGACUGCCCAACAGCUGCCCCCUCCACCCCAGCCGAUGCCCCGCAUCCCUAAGGCCGUGGUCAGUGAGACAGUGAAGAAAAGCACAGCCACAGUUAGGGAAGGGAAGACUACAGUGACGGAAGGGAUGACUACAGUGAAGGAAGGGAUGGCAACUCAAGGCCAGAUGCUCCUGCUACAGCAGCCGGCGCAGCAGCCUGUCUACUACACCACCGCCCCUGUGAUGCAGCCAAUGCACUACGUAGUCCAGCCACAGGUUCAGAACACAGUGCUGCUGGCUGAGGCACCAGCCACCAACAUGCAGAGCAUGGUACUGCUUAACGGCACCCAGACUGGUCCGGCCCAAGGCAUGGUUUUUCAGAACCAGACAAUGAUGACCAGAGGACAAGCCCAGGGCCCCCACAUGAUGCUGGUGGAGAGGAGCGGGGUCCAGGGAAGCGGUGCCAACAUGAUCCAUGCUGGCAACCUCUCUGGCUCCCAGACCAUGAUGGUCAUGGAGGGCAUGGUCCCUGCAGGGUCAAUGAAAGGCGGAGGGAGCCAGACCUUCCUCAUGCAGGGGGGCACUCUGCAGCAGCCAGGAGGACAUUCUGGAUCUCAGAGGGUCCUGCUGGUCGGGGGGCCAACGAGCAGCGCAGGUCAGCUGGUCCAGGAGGCAGGAGGGCUGUCCCAGAAAAGUGACAUCUCUGGCUCUCAAAGAGUCCUCUACAGCAAGGUCAGCACUUCGGCUGGCCCUCAGACCAGCGUGGCGGGUUCCUCUACCACUAAAGUGAGCGGAACCCCCACCUACCGCAAAGUGGUGGUGCAGGAGAAAACCACUGAGUUGUGAUGUGGGAAAAAAACUUAUAAAAUGCAGUUUAAUGCAGCUUAUGGCAAUGCAACUUCUCAAGUAUUUUCAUGAGAGACACCCCGCAUGUUCAUGUCAGUUUAUUUGCAGUUUACUGCUUCAACUUGACACCAACAUAUGUACCCAGACAAACUAUCAAGCCCAUCAAUCUUGCAUUUAAGAAUAUUUUAUAUUGUGUGUUUAUAUGUUAUAUGUUUAUAUUCACAGUUUUCUGGAAAAUUUCAUUUCCAAACACAUAGCUGCCAUAUAUUUAGAAAACGGUGUUUUUUUUCUGUCCACUGUUUGUUUUGGCAAAGGUAUUUUUGUGAUGUUAGGUUUAGUUUGCCAUGCUUGCAGCAUUGUUAGUCUGUCGGUCCACUAAUUUGUUUCAGGGUCAAUUGUCUUAACGACUCUUGUAAUGUAUGUAAUGUAUUGUCGUGAAAUUCUGUACUGACAUUUAUGGACCCGAGAGGAUGAUAUAGAAUAACUUUGGUGACGCCCCUGACUAGCGCCACCAUGAAGUCAAAGUUUUCCCUUAUCCUUUUAAAUAUUGCAACAUCUAACAGAUGCAUUGGUACAAACAUUUGUACAGACCAACAAGCUUAACCCUUGGCGGUGUCAGGGUAAGGGUUAGGUAUGUUAUUUCAGGUAAAGUGCCUCUGUGGUAAUAUAACAAAACAUCCUCUGCUGAUUUGUCCCUCCACCAUCAGGGCAGGGUGAAACUUACUGAGAUGCAUUUCUUGUCCUACAGACAAUUACAAUUCAGAAAUGGUU